GCGUGUGGCGAGGGCAGCUGUGUGAGAGGAAGGGCAUCGACUUCUGAUUCGGUCAGGUACGCAUCGCAUCCCGCAUGCAUCCGUUGUGUGUGUAUGGGAGGUCAGACGAAGCCUGUUGUCCUGCUUGCAGACGUCAUCCUUCACCAUGUCCGAGCAGCCCGCCAGCACCGCCCAGCCGCCCCUUCUGAAUGACGGCAUCGAGCUCUGCUGGCAGACAGACACCAGCCCCGCCACCAAGCGGCUCGCCCACCGCAUUCUGCGCCGUGAGCUGACACCCGCCAUCGCCACACGACUCAUCCGGACCAAUGGAGCCGACCCCCACACACUGGUCGGCCUCCGCGAGAAGGCACCUGGGGAGUGGCCACACACCAAGUGGGUGCCGCUGCUGUCGCUGGCGAUUGACGACCCGACCGACAGCGUCCCCUCUGUGUGGCGGAUGGAUUUGGACCUCGAGACGCCCCUGCUGCUCAAGCCCUGGUCGUCACGCCAACUGCAGCGGGACAUACUCGAGGCGCUCAUCAGCUGCGGCGCCAACGUCAACUUCCAUCAUCCUGCGCAUUUCAGCAUGAGGGCGAUGUCUGUGGCGGCCAAGACGGGCAACAUUGAGGCAGUGGAGGUGCUGUUGGCCACAAACCAGCUUGAUUAUCUUAGCUGCCCUUCGAUCUCCCCUCCCCUCCGCCCCUCACAAGCCUAUGACGAUGCCCUCAUCCGUACGGCGCGCCGGCUGCUGCAUCAUGACCCGUCACUGAGCGGCUUGGCGGUGCUUGAGGCAGCUACGUCACGGCCCCUUCCAUCCAAGGCCUUCACGUACGAGUACAUGGACACCAUCUUGCAGCACGGGGACCCCAUACCGGUCGGCGUGGUGCGUACCGCACUAUCGGAAGCUGCCGGGUUGGGGAGCCACUGGGUGAUGGACUACCUGUGCGAGCGUCUCGCCACUCCUGCUGAUAUCAACCCUGCACAAGGUCAUCACCCGCCGCUCCAGCGUGCCGCAAUGCACCUGCAAGUCCUGCUUGACGAAUGGGAUGGUUGGGAUGGUGACGUUGACGACGACAUGCUGGACGCCAUUCGCAACCGCAAGCUGGUGGUGCGGUCCCUGCUGCGGGCGGGGGCAGACCUCUCGACGAAAGUGCUGCCCAUCACUACAACCGGUGACCGCAAGCGGCGUGAGCUGGUGCUGAAGGAGUACGUGGUUGUACUCAACGAGCUGCCCUUCGUCGUGAUGGACGCCAUCAAUGCCGCCCUCUCCACCCAACGCGACGCCUACAUCGUCAUGACGCGCAUCCUGCCCUUUGUGGAUCACAACGACGAGGACGCCUGCCUCCCCCACCCGCCCUCCCCCUCGCCACUCUCAUUCGGACCACAGGAGGCCGCCGCCAUCGCAUGGAAGAUCGGGGCCUUCCUGCACGACCCGCCCGCCGCACUCACCGCCGUCGACCAAGUCCUCACCAAUGCGUCGGCACUCAAGCGGCGCGUCCGGGCGGCCGUUGGGCAUUUCGUCAAGUGGGCGGCGACCAAGACGGUCAGCAAUCGGGAGGUGGUGGGCGGGUGGAGUCGGGGGCCGGACGGGCAGAUGGCGCGUGUGCCGCAGCUGCAGUGCUUCGCUGUCGACGCGGGGCAGCGCCACACACACACACAGCUGGGGGUGCGCGAGGUGGUGCACGGGGCGCGGCUGGAGGAGGUGCGGCAACACGGGCUGGAGGGGGUGGUCAAGGGCUUCAACAACGAGGAGGGCAAUGACGACUGUCAGUUCCAGUGGGGCCGCCUGGGCUUCGUCGGCCAGACGGGGCAGCAGUGGGUGUCGCUGGGCAUCAACUGAUCAAUUGCCUCAGUAGCUGAGAGAAUGACAGCUCGUUUUGGUUGUGGUGGUGCAUGGUGUUGGUUUGGUUUAAGUGCUGACUGAUUGAGACAGCUUUGUGCCAGUCUGCGUGUGAUGCCAUCCAUGACACAUCUGUG